GUGAUCUGCUGAAGCGCCAUUUUGAAGCGGUCUUAAAUUGUGGGUUAAACAUAGGAAACAUAGGAAGCUGCCAUAUACUGAGUCAGACCCUUGGUCUAUCUAGCUCAGUAUUGUCUUCACAGACUGGCAGCGGCUUCUCCAAGGUUGCAGGCAGGAUUUUCUCUCAGCCCUAUCUUGGAGAAGCCAGCUUGAACCCGAACGACGGGAAAGUUGGCUUCUUCUCCUCGCCGUCUUCACCAGUGCUGUGACAGGCGUCUGGCGAGUCUUGAGCGAUGGAAGAAGCAGCUGUAGUUCCAAUGGAACAGACUGAAUCAGUUGCAGAAAACACAAAACUGACUGAAACUAAGAAAAAGGGGCCAAGAGGCCGCGGAAGAAGCAGAGGUGGCAGAGGAUAUGCUAGAGGGAAAAUGCAAGGCAGAGCAUUGAACAGCUUUGGGCCUAUAAGACGUGGAAUUGGGAGGAUGCGCUCAUAUCCAGACGCACGAGGUCGAAGAGGAGCUCAAUGGGGAUCAUUUUUUCCACCUUUCUCGCCCACAAGAAGAAUGAUGAGAGCACCUUUCUUGCCACCUCCACCACGAUAUGGGCUUCCUCUCCCCCCUCUUCCUCCCCCACCACCUGAACCAAUGGGCUUCAGGGGCAGACUUCCUUUUCCCAGAGCCAGAGGAAUGCCAUUGCCACGAGGCCAUUUUCCACCUCCAAGAGGCUUUCCCAAUGGACCCGCUGCACCAGUCCCUCCGCCACCUGGACGGGGCCAGAGAUGGCCUGGACCGCCAGGUGGCAGACACUAUUAAAGAGGCUUAUGUAUUAAAUUCAGUAACAGGGACACUUACUUCUUACUUUAAGACCAUUUGAAAUGGCUGGACUAAGACUGCCUGUAAAACAAUGAGGAUGGCAAAGAAAACUAAUAGAACUCUGACAUCCCAUAUUUUUCCAGCAGCCCUCAUGCACCAUGUUGGUAAAAGCCAUAUGUAUAUAAAAUUUAAACAUACCCUAAAGACCUGUGACUCCUUGGACACUCUCAAGCAUAUCCUUUUUAAAAGUGCAAGUUUGUAGACACUUGACAUCUGCACACUCACAUUAAAAGAAACACCUCUGAUCUUAAAAGGUCAAGCUUUUAAUUUAAUAUUUAAAUCUUCUUUAGAUUGUGUGCAGCCUUUUUAGUGUAGAUCUUGAUCGGUUACAGUAACAUGUAUCUGUAUGCUCUAAAUCUUGUUUCAAAUGCACUUACGUUUCAGAACAGUAAUUGCAGUAAGAUGCUUCAUACUUGAAGGGGCAAAUACACUGUAUUAUGUCUAGCAAUGUGAUCAAUGCUCAAGAUGUAAUGGAUAAAAUUUACAAUUGUUUAAAAAUAGAGAGAAGAAAAGUUUAUAGAUGAACACAAGUUUCUGAGUUUUGUUCUCAUUUUUAAUGUAAUUGUUCUUCAUACACAGCUUGACCUCAGUGUUUCCAUUUCUAGUUGUGUAUGUUACUGUAAUAGCUAAACAAAGUCUGUAGCUGAACAUUUGGCCAAUUGUAUAACUACAACUGGUGAUGUUACCUACAACAUAAUAGGAAGGGAUAUGAUAACCGCUUAGAUACUUUGGUAGUGGGCGGUUUAUAAAUGUUAUGAAUAAAUAAAUAAACAUCUGCAGUCUAUGUACUCUUUUUAAAUUAUAGAUUGUUUUGUUGUGAACCAGAAGGGGAAACAAAAAGUGGAACAUGCAAUUCUUGUGUUACUUGUUGAAAUGACAGAUAAAGUUGUAAUAUUCUGAAACAGUGCUGUUUAACAUCAAGGAUGAUCACACAGUCUGUGAAUUAUUUUAAUUCUUAAUAUGUUCUAUUUCUGUGCUGAGGGCUGAAUUAAAACCCUUUUUAGCAGUCUGGUGCAGUUGGGGUUUUUUAACUUAAGUAAUCCCUACAUUGGGUCCAAAGUCUGCAAGCAAAGUAAAAUAAAAUGAAGAAAAGCAAUAAAUUGAGGUAUGAAAGCCCAUAUAGUUGUGUGUAUCCUCCUCCUUACACUUGGCUUCCAGUUAAUCAAUAAAUCACUAUCCAAGCAAAAUAUAUUAACUUUAGCUUUGGGGGGAAAUAAAACAGACAUGGUCUUGUACUUGUUUCUUAAUUCAUCAUGAAAGCUUACAUCUAACUUUCACAUCUUUUUCUUGAGAAAGAAGUCUUCUAUUGUAUAUGACAUAGUGUUGGACUAAUCCUUUAGCUAAAUUCCUAUUCCAAAGCAAUGCUUUGAUUUUAGCUUAAAAGGAUAGUAUUAGCCACUAAACCUUAAGCAUAAAUUGGUUAAUAGUUCAUUCAUCUGAUGCUGUCCAAUGGUGAAAGAAUGAUGCUGUUGUUAUCUUCUGAAGGGUAACAUAGUCACCCUUUGAGGCCAAUGGGAGAUGGUAUGCAGACCUUUGGGAGAGCUUUCAUCAAGGCCUUGUUUGAGGUGAGAAAGUAUUUACAACUUUUUUCCCACUCACUCACUCACUCACUUUAAAAGCUCACAUUCACCUGACAUGUAUUUGUAUUUAAAACAGUCCUGAUGCUUUUUCACUCAGGGCUUCAGGAUCAAUGCACACCGUUUCCCCCAUAGCAGAAUGGGGUCAUGUGAAUAACUUCAACAGGUUUCGUUUUAAAAAAACUGGGCUGCCGUGCACAUGGUGGUGGGUCAGUGAGGCACAUGUCUACGUUCACGAAGCUAGGUUUCAUGCAGAUCUCUGUGGGAAAUAUUGCUACCAGAAACCACCUCAUAGAAGAGAGUAGUUGUGUGAAUCAGUCUUUCUUUCUGUCUGUCUGUGGUUGCAGUGCUGGCAAAUGGCAGUAUAAGGGCUCUGUGAUUGUUUUCACUUUCAUAAUAGCUGUAUUUAGACUGAUGUCUCAUUGAGAAAUGCAUACUAUAUUUUUUCAGUUAUAAGGGAUUUUUGAAUAAUGUAGGAAUAUACAAAGCUACCUUUAGGCUGAUGGUUCAUCUAGCCCAUUUUUGUCUUUUCUGACUGGCAAUGGCUUUUCAAGGUCUUGAGGCAGAGGUGAUUCCAGGCUGGGCUACCUAAGAUGCUUUUUAACUGGAUAUGCCAGAGAUUGAAUCUGAGGUCUUCUGCAUGUAAAGUGUGUGCUUUACUUUUGUGGCCCUUCCCUAAAUGUUACUUGGUGUCUCCUUAGACUUUGCUAGACUUGCUGUUCUCGGUUAAUGUUCUGAAUGUGCAAGAAAGAAGAAGAUAGGCAUGUUCAGUCUUGUGUACUCUUCUUGUAUUUGCUAAAAUGAAAGAGUACUGAAGGAGCAUUAGUUACAGAAAAUCCUGCUAGCGUGUCUUGGUCUAAAGCAUAGAUGAGUUCUGUAUUUGUGCCUUGAGUAGCAGGGAACAUAUUGCUGAAUUUUGAAGUCUUUUCUUUUACUGUUACAGUGUAAACUUGAAAGCAGCAGACUGACUAAAAUAUUUUCUCUGGUUUUGACUGUCAUGGAGAACAGUCAGUUUGGUAUUUUGCAAGCUCAUGUUUGAAUGAAAUGAGAAUUAAUUGUCAUCUCUAGUGUGUUAAGGUUGCUGCAGCCAUCUGAAUUGUCCAGGCACACUACUUUGGAGGAAGAUGUCAAGCAUAUUAAGGUAACACUUGCUUUCCAUUGGCCCCUAUGUGGGCUCUCUCCCUUUUUAAAAAUAUCAGAACUGUGUCUAAGAUAUUGACCUUUCUGGCAUUUAUUUUGCAUUUCUGUGGGGGAAAUAACUAUGUUGUAAACAGGACCAUUUAUUUGGACUUUGAAGAAAGGACUUCACUUGACACUUCACUUGACUGUAUCCAGCUUCCACUGGCCACAGUAAUGGCCAUAGCAAAGGUUUGCUCUGAAAGAGCUGCAUGUGUCAAUGACUCUUUCUGAUGUUUUUGGCAUAAAGCUAAAAGACUUCUGGGGAUUGAUCCAUUUUAUGCUGUGACAACCACCAAAUGGCUUUCAAACUAAAUCUGCAUUUGCAUGACACACAUAAGCUGUACUGUUGUAAUUACUAAUCCUUGACUGGAAACAUUCAAGGUCUUUAAAUGUAGGAUUAAUCUUCUA